GCAAGGAGGAGGGAGGGAGAAAGAGGUUUAAGAGAGAUAAAGGGAAAGCUCUGAGAGCUUCCUAUGCUCGCCCUAAGCUCCCCCUUCCUCUGAUUUGCAGAGAAAAUCCAAAGGAAAAAACAAACAGGCACAGCCUAUAGAAUUUUAAACCUCAUCAAGAACGCGAAGAACAGAAACAGCAUAGAAAGAGAGAGAACAGAAUUUUUUUUUUUCGUCCUUUCAAUUUUUUUAAAUAUUCCAUCAUUUUCCGCUUAUCCAAUCAGUUGAUUUUUGGGCAUUUGGAUUUUUCUUGAAUAUUAACGCAUCUGGAUCGAAGGGGGUCUGAAAAUUGUUCCGCUGAAUUGGUGUAUAGUCAUGUUGGAGAAUCGGUCUGGUGAGUUCUAUCUGGUUUCUAGAGUGUUCGCGGCCUCUUGCCCGCCGGAGACCAAGUGGCCUUACAUGAGGUGCAAGCGCCCGCAAUUUGAUGACUCCCAUGAUUCUCCACAAACCAAGGCAUCCAGGCUCUCAGAUUCCAGUGAAAGCCCGCAGGAUUUGGUUAAACAAUCUUCUGGCGAUGAUACCCAGCUCAUGGAUUCUGGUGCAACCUUGCCGGAUUCCGUUGAGAAAUCGGAUACGGAAGGUGGGGAUGACAAACUUCCUCAUUUGUCGCAGGAUAUUGAGCAGUCUGAGAAAAUUGAGAGUGAAUCCGAUGACUGUUUACAGAGUAGGUCCUCUGAGCUCACUGAUUCUGGGGAAACCCUGAGAGAACGCGGUGAUCGAUACAAUGAUGAUGGUAACCAGAUUUUGGGUUCUGAUGGGUCACUGUCAGGUUCCCACGAGCAACCGCCUGAUGAUGAUGGCGUUGAUGAUAACGAGCUCCCGGAUUCUCCAAGGGAACCAAAUGAACCAUCGGAUGUUGGUGGUAGCCAAGGUCAAGGCGGCAAUUCCUCAGAGUUGGAUUCCCUUAUUCAUCCUAUUGGGAGAGACAACUCCAUCAGCUGUCUGAUUAAGUGUUCAAGGUCUGACUACGGUUCCAUUGCAUCUCUGAAUAGGGGUUUUCGUAACUUAAUUCGGAGUGGGGAGAUCUAUAAGCUGAGGAGGAAAAAUCAUGUGAUAGAGCACUGGGUUUAUUUUUCUUGUAACCUGCUUCAAUGGGAGGCCUUUGAUCCAUUUCGCAACCGAUGGAUGCAUCUGCCACAGAUGCCUCGUAAUGAUUGCUUUACUUUCUCAGAUAAAGAAUCUUUGGCUGUGGGCACUGAGUUGCUCGUCUUUGGUAAGGAAGUGACAUCCCAAGUCAUAUAUAGAUACAGUCUCUUGAAUAAUUCCUGGUCUCCAGGGCCUAGAAUGAUUGUUCCUAGGUGCUUGUUUGGAUCUGCUAGUCUUGGGGAAAUUGCAAUUUUGGCUGGUGGUUGUGAUUCUCAGGGAAAUAUCCUGAGUUCUGCAGAAAUGUAUAAUUCUGAGACCCAAGAAUGGAAGCAACUCCCGAAUAUGAAUAACCCAAGGAAGAUGUGUUCUGGGGUAUUCAUGGAUAGGAAAUUUUAUGUAAUUGGGGGGAUUGGAGGAAACGAUCCAAGGGUUCUCACAUGUGGUGAGGAGUAUGAUUUAGAUAAGAAUACAUGGACCGUAAUUCCUAACAUGUCUCCAGGCGAAGCCAGGGGGGAUGAGAUGCCUCCAGCUGCAGGGGCACCACCUUUGGUUGCUGUAGUAAAUGAUGAACUCUAUGCAGCUGAUUAUGCUGGCAUGGAGGUGAAGAAGUAUAACAAGGAGGGAAGAUCAUGGUUUUCGGUGGGACAAUUACCUGACAGAGCAGCUUCAAUGAAUGGUUGGGGUCUCGCAUUCAGGGCAUGUGGAGAUCGCCUGAUUGUGAUUGGUGGACCUAGUGCAAUAGGUGGAGGUUUUAUAGAGGUUAAUUCUUGGGUCCCUAGUGAAGGUCAUCCACAAUGGAACUUGCUAGCUACAAAGCAAUCGGCAAAUUUUGUGUAUAAUUGUGCUGUAAUGGGAUGCUGAAAGAGAUGGAUUUUGGUGGCCCCAUGUGCAGUGGAAUGGUAUUUGCCACCAUUGGGAUAUACAAGAUUGUUGUGUCCUUCAACUCAGGAUUCAUGCUAAUGGGUAAUUUCCCCUACUUUUUCAUAGCUUUUCCCUUUUUGACUGGGGAGGAUGGGAAGGUGUUUCAGACUUCACUCAAGAUUCAACAAAAUGUUUUUAUUAAAAGGUCUUGAGUUUUCUUUCUUUUUUCAAAGUUACAUUCAAAGGUUGGUGUCAUGUAGCACAGAAAUAGGUUUAAUAAUUUGACGUACCAACACAUUGGUAGGUUGGCAUUAGAGUUUGUUGAAGCUUUUCUAAGAAAACAGAACUAGUCACAUGGAUUUCUUGAUCCUUUAAUUUUCUUGGCAUUGUCUUUAAGGGAGGAAAUAAGUUCUGGAGGUUGUUAUCUUGGAUGUUGGCUAAUGUACUGAUAACAUUUAUCAUUACAAUUGAUGAGCAAUAUAUUCCAGCAACUUUCUCCUGUACACUUGUUGAAUUCUUUAUUCUUUGCUGAUUCAUCUUUUGAUAUUGUUUCUUUAUUUACUCAGAUAACUUGUACUUAAGAUAAUCCUUCUUCUUUGGCAUUGUUGCCUUACGUUACUCUGAUGUUUGAGUUGUCUUUGACUACUCUGUUCUUUCAGUCAGUUGUUCCAUAGAGCUUGUCAGAAUGCUGAUGUUAAAUUGUGAAUGGACAAUGUUGACAAUUAAUAUAGUAUAAAAAUAUAAUGAAUAUAAUUUG